AUGGAGAGUACCAGUGCUCCGGAACUUUUGCAUCUACACGACCGUAGGGAUUUUCGUCGUCUACGUCAUGACCUUGAUAUUCUUGGUCCCGAUUAUGUCUCUGGACGAAAAGAGACAAGACAGCGGGAGGGAAGGAUGCUUGUGCAUUCGCUUGCCAGCCGACUACAAGAAGAACCGUUGCUCCCAAAAGCUCCUGCUCGACGUGUUCUUCCACAGGUUCUUCGGGCCAUUGCUCGUCAGAGACGAGACAGCGGGAGGGAAGGAUGCUUGUGCAUUCGCUUGCCAGCCGACUACAAGAAGAACCGUUGCUCCCAAAAGCUCCUGCUCGACGUGUUCUUCCACAGGUUCUUCGGGCCAUUGCUCGUCAAAACUCCAGUGAAGGUCGUCGUGGUGCUACUUACGAUGGGUCUCUUGGGUCUCAACUGUUGGGGAUUGUCUGGGUUGAAGAACGAGUUCGACAAAACCUGGUAUUUGGAUCCAGGAUAUCAGAAAGACUUCGAGGCCGCCCUUCGACAUUUAUUCCCAGAAAGUGGCUACAGGGUCAACUUUUUUCUUGAGGACUAUCCGAAAACUGAGGCAGCAUUCAAAGACAAGCUUUCCACCUUUCUGGUCUUCACUAACAAGGGACGGAAUUUUCUACGCGAUAUUAAAUACACCGGGAACCUCCUAACGGACUUCAACAUCACCGAUUCGCACGCGCACUGCUCUUUCAGGCCUCGAGAGGCAGAUACCAACACAUCCUCUUCUUCUCCGGGGAAGAAAAGCGACGAGGACUCCACGAGGUGGAAGAGGUUCUGCAUGGAGUCAAAUUCAAGGGGAGAGAUCCAUUCAGAGGAUGUCUUUCUGCGGAGUACAUAA